AUGGACGACCUCGCUGCAGCAGGGGUCAAAACUGCAGUUGAGAAAAAUGCCCAGAGCAACUGGACAGGAGGAAAUAACGCAGAGGCGGAAGGAGAGACACACGCAGAGUUAGACUCGCAUAAUUGCGUUGGCAACCCAGUGGGCAUCAACCCAAAGGGGGACCAUUUACUGGCAUCGAAUGAACGGCAAGACGACCAUUUAGAGAAGGAACAAACGGGAGAAAGCAAAACUAAUAAGCUAAUUUUUAACAAAAGAAAUCAUCCGAACAGUUCCCUAAAGUUUGACCAGAAAAACGUGGCAGAAAUGAACAAGUACGAAUAUGCGUACGAAAGGGAGGACGUUUUUUCAUGCGAAGAUGCGUUUGGCGAAUCGGUGGAGAGCAAUAAUUUGAGCUCCUACGAUGAGGAGGAAAGAGAACAGAUCGACCCAUUGAAUGGUUACCAUAAUGGGCAAACCUCUAACAACAACAGAGGGAGUGAGCGACAGAACUGCCAAGUGAUUGUAAGGAUAAAGCCGAGAAUUAAAACGAACAAAUUGGAAAAAGUGAGCAAGCUAAACGAAAAUGAUACCACCGGAAGGGGGGUAAAUUAUGAAGAUGGGAAAAAUAUUAAAUAUAAGAAAAAUUGCCUCUACGUACAUAACCAGAAUUUUUCAUUUGAUAAAAUCUUUUCUGAAGAAACGAAGCAGGUAGAAGUUUACUCAUACCUGUCGGAUACCUUUUUAAAUAAUUUGUUUGAAGGUUAUAACUGUACCAUUUUUGCGUAUGGACAGACAGGGUCAGGAAAAACCUUCACCAUGGGAUUCGACUACAUGAACGAGUUUUCCCAAAGUGUUGGUAUUUUGCCUCGAUUUUUAAAUGAUAUGUUUAAGACAAUUGAGAGGAAAAAAAGGAAAAUCGAUUUUGAUGUGUCAUGUACGUAUAUCGAAAUAUACAACGAAGAAAUUAUCGAUUUGAUAGAUUUUAAGGAAGAAGAUUAUCACGAUAAAGUUAGCCUUAAAAAUGGGAAAAAAAAUAAAAAAAAAAAAAAAAUUAAUAAAAAUAUAUCCAUAAGGGAGGAUAUCAACAAAAAGGAAAUCAUCCUUAUGGGAAUUAAAAAUGAAAAGGUACAAACUGUUCAAGAUGUUUUCACCAUCCUGCAUAAGGGCAAUCUAUUUAGGACCACAGAGAGAACCUUCAUGAAUGAUAAAUCGAGCAGGUCUCACGCAAUCUUCACCGUUAACCUCAUUCAGAGAAAGAAGCAAGCGGCAGAAAGUGAGAAAAACAAGGGAAACCCCCCCGAGGGGAAUCCAAACUGCAGAAACGAACAGGGCGCAGUUAACCAAUUGGGGGAAGAGCAAAAAAGACGCAGCGUAAAUGGUAGUGAUGUAGCGGAAGAGGGAGCUACCAGCAAUGCUGCUGCACACACAAAUGCUGACGAAGGGAAGAAAGAUCUCAAUUUUGCAAAAGAGGGUAAUCAUAACGGGGAUGGACUGGAACACACAAACAAAGCAGAUGUGAUCUGCUCGAAAUUCCAUUUUGUCGAUUUGGCUGGGAGUGAAAGAGCCAAAAGAACCGAAACGAAGGGACACAGGCUGAAAGAAGCAAUCAGCAUUAACUACGGACUGCUCUCCCUAAGCAACGUCAUUUACAGCUUGUCUAGUAAUAAAAAGAGUCAACACGUUCCGUAUAGGAAUUCCAAGCUGACCAGAAUCCUUCAAGACUCCCUUGGAGGAAACAGCAAAACAGUUAUGAUUGCAUGCAUCAGUAUAGACCCCGUAGACUUUUAUGAAUCCUUGAGCACCAUCAAAUAUGCCGCAAGGACUAAGAAGAUUAAAAACACCCCAGUCAUCAACUAUGACAUUAACAGUGUAGUUAUUAACGAUUUGAGGAAGCAACUGUUUAACCUAAAUUUAGAGUUGAAAAAAUACAAAAUUGAAUGUAAAGAUAAAUCAUCUGAGGGGGAUUUUACGAGGGUUAAGGAAUUAACUAGCCAAAAUAAGCUGUUACUGCAAAAGGUGAAAGGCUUAAAGGUGAAGAGGAAGAAAUUAAUUUGCUUGAUAUUUUACUAUAUGGGAUUGUUGAAGAGGCCCAACUAUGCGCCUACUGAUGGUUCACUUCGCUCUAACGUGGUCGAAAGUGUUAGAAGUUGCUCUGUAGGUCUGCUCAACCAAAAGGGGUGCAUCACCCAGGGGGGGGAACCCUGCAUAGGUGGGGAGUUUCCCUCCAAUGAUGGGCAAUCGGUUCCAGGAGGUGCGAGUGCCAUCGUGCAUAGUGGCGAUAGAGCUGGAGAUAACGCUAUCCAUAUUACUUCUGCCCCAGUUUGCAAGAACCGGACGGUCGUGCCGGACGUCCCUCCGAGUGGCGGUGCUCUAAGUAGUGCCCCUCCAAGUGGUGCUCCUCCAUGUGGCGGUCCUCCCAGCAGGCCCCAUUUCACCAUGAGCGUAGAUUCCUUUUUUCAAAAAAGGGGCAACCUAGAUAAAGAAGACGCCGCAAAUGUGAACAGCAAAUUUUCCGAACCGGGCAAGUCAACCCAUGAUGGCCUUUGCUCAAGCGGUAUGGCCCCCCUCACAAUGAAAGGCACCCCCAUGGGAGAUGCAAAAUCGUGUCACUCCUGCGGAUUGAAACAGAGUAGCAACGAACACAUAGUCGAGAAGAACAGCAAAAAGGAACACGACAUGAACGUAGUAGUAAGUGGUGGUUCGUACGAAGUGGACACGUGUGAAACCUGCCACUGCGUUGAGAGGCCCUCCCUGCAAAAGAGGGAUGACCAGACGGUGCACAUGAACAGAGCAACGCAUGAUAAUCGAAGCAUUUUUCAAGAAAGUGUGAUGUGGUGGGCAGAUAACGCCAAUGAGGGGGACCAUCUAACCAGUGUGCCAAAAGACCCCCCCGGGGAACUCUCACCAAAUGUGAUGGAACCUCCAAAGAAAGAUGCACCAAAAGGGGACACCCUCAAUGGAAACAACAGCCUAUGUACCACGUGCCAGACAAAAAAUUUGGUCGAAGAUAGGGAAGAUGCUUGCGACUCUGAUUUCAACACGCUAGAGGAAAAAUACCUAUUCGUGAAUUUAGAGGAAGAUAAAAGGUGCGUAGAAAACUUGUUCAGGCAGUUUGAGCUGAACCGGUAUAAUGAGAGGAAGCUGAGGGACCUAAACAAAAAGUACAUUUCAAUUUUUGAAAAGAAUAAGGCGUACGAAAAGAAAAUUGACGAAUUGAAGAAAAUGGUGAAGAGGAUGAAACGGUGUGCAAAGCUCAGCUCGGAGGGGAGGUACGGCGGGGGGAAGAGGAAGAAGAAAAAAGCGCCAAAGGGGGGAAGAAGUGGAAGGAGUGAAAGAAGUGAAAGAAGUGGUAUACGUGGUAGAGAUGUUGGAGCUGUCGUAGGGGGUGCAAAGGCGGGACCCCCCAAUCGGCAGAACCGCCCAGAUGGAAGGAAAAAACUGCCCCACAGUCCGCCUCAGGACGACAAUUUCUAUCCGCCGAACUGCGACCACUUUAGCGAUGUAGAAUUCGAGAGAGAAAUGAAAAGGAAAAUGUUAAAACACUUUGCAAGAAAGAAGAACCUCACGGAUACGGAAGUCAGUGCGAAGGGGCUUAACUCAUUUUGUGCUUAUGGGACAGGCGGGUGUCAUGAACAGACCCGGCUAAUGGAUCUGCUUCACCAAAAUUUGAAUCAUCACAAAAAGGAGAUCAGCCUGAUUGACAACCCACAGUUGAACAGCUGCUUGGUAAGCGCAGGAAGGCACAGAAAAGUGAGAAGUAGGAGGAGGAGAAAAAUGCUACUUUACGAGAAUAAUGACAGCGCGUCUUCAAAUUUUAUAUACUCAAGUAACAACGUUGAUUUGGGCCUAUUUGAUGACACCGCUGAAGUGGGGGAGAUCCCUAUGGGCAGUAACGGCAGGAGGGGGGGACCCACAAAUGGGGAAAAGGGAACCCCCAGAGGUGUGCCAGAUGAAAGGAAAAAAAAGCAAGUCCAAAUGGAAGUAACGGAUAUUUCACACCCGUAUGACCAUUUCGUGGGAAGUGGCAAAAUGGAUGACCUCCACUUUGUGAAUUGCGCAGGGGGGGAGGUCAACCCGAAAUGGCACACAAGCGAUGAGGAGGACGAGAAGAUAACCGUGGAGGAGCACUCCGAGGAUGACACAUGCGAGAGCAGCCCCUCCAGCAGCGAUGACCGAAGUGGCCGCAGCAGCGGCAAUGUGUCCCCCAAAUUUCUGAAGAACAAACUGAAUAAGCUGCAAAAAAUUAUCAAAGAAGACAUAUGCAAAAUUAAAAGAGUGAACAGGGAGAAAGAAGAAUACAACGCGAAAAAUGAACUCCUCACGAACAGCAUAAUGAGUCUGAAAAAGAAGCUGCACUAUUUGCAGGUCAGCAGUCAGAAUGAUAAGAAUUGCAAGAAGAUAGAAAACAUGAAGGGAGAAAUCCAAAGAAUAACAAAUGAAAAGCAGAAGAUUCAAAAAAAAUUAAACGACAAUGAGCAACAAAUUAAGCACUUAAAGGUAGACAUUUUGAAAAUGAAGAGUAACUUUUUAAAAACGAGCACUUUGUUGAAGGAAGAACAGAGGAAGCAUACCAACAUUAUUCGCAAAAAAGAAAAUAUAAUUACCAAGUUGCAUGAACGAGAAGAACAUUACAUUAAUAAACUUAAAAAAAAGGAAGAAAUAAGCAAGCAGGCAUAUUCAAAAUUGCUCAAAAGGAAUCAAGAACUAAAUGAGGAAUUAAAAAAGUUAAAAAAAAAAGGGCCAAGUGGCAAUGCCAGACGGGGUGACAGAAAGAAGGGCCAAGAAAAUCGGCCACCUGAGGGGAUCAUCAAACGAAACAAAUUUGACGGUGUCUCCACACGGGUUAAGAAGGUCACGUCGGACGGGAUGCGCAUCUCCACUCCGUUACGCGAUGGCGAUGUGCACCAUUAUGAUCACCCUGAUGAUGGUAACAACGGUGGUGGUGACCAGCACAGGGAGGAUGCCACGUCUCUCCAGAACGACGACUAUAAUGCCUCGCCCCUAAGCACCAUCCUCUCCGAUGGGGUCAAAUCGCUGUACCUAAAUUCGAGUCCCUCUGUGUGUAACCCAGAAAAUAACCUUUUUCCCUCCCACUCAUUUUAUAUGUUCAAUAAGAGCGAGUCCAAAUUUCAGAGCAGCUUCAAAAAUGAUGCGAAAAUUAAAAACUACUUGAGGGAGUUUUUGAAAAAGAAAAAGAAGCUCAGCUCCAUUAAGGCAAAAUUGGACAAGGAAAAAAGUAUGAACAGACAGGUUAGGAAAAUUCUGCAGGCCCUGUAUGUGAAGAGGAAAAAUGAAGAUGAAGAAGGGGAUCGUGAGCAGGACGGUUCCCCCAGGAGAAGCACACCCAUAGGGGUAGAAGACAAAUCCGCGCAAAUAAAUCGCACUACUAAUGAAGGUGAAGAUCGAGAGAGUAGCGCCGGACAGCCCAUGACAGAGCAACCACUUCGCAACAGAGUGACCACUGCUAAAAUGGAGCAAAACGUUCGCGAUUGUCAAAGCGAUGGUAAGGACAGCAUACCUGUUAAAGAAAAUUUCCCCCCUGUGGAGGACAAAGACGGGGGAGAAAACCCGCCAAUUUUAUUACGCGAUGAAAAAAUGGACGAAGAGGUAGCAUAUUACGAAAACAAGCUGAAAGAAUCGAAUGAACUUUUAAAAAAACUAAAAAGGGACAUCAUCACGAAGAAGGAAGAAUUCAUUUUACAGAAAGUCGUGAAGCAUUUGUUGAAGAAGUUAUAUUUCAAUUUUAACAAAAGGAAAGAAAGUGAAAGAAAAAUAAAAUCUUUAAAAAAAUUUAUCUAUUCAGAAAAUUUGUUCAUAUCCAAAAUUUACAACUUUUUUUACCUUACAAAUGUGGCCAACAAUUUAACACUACCCAUUGGUUGUAACUCCCAUUUGAAUAACCACUCCAUGGUCUCUUUUUAUUCGAACCAGAUAAAUGACCCACGUGAGGGUCACCCCAAUGGAGGGUUUCACUUGACUUGUGCAGAGAGGCAACUGAAGAAUAACAAUGCGGGGUUGAGUGCCCUUUUACCGCUCUACAAAUUUGACCAAUUUAAGAAGGUCCUUCCACGAAACGGCGCAGCGAAUGGCCUGCUGGACGGCAGAAGGAGAAACACCUUCAGCAGCUCGAUGGGCAUCAACCCCACCGCUGAGGUGAACCAGAACUUGACAAAUUUGAAAAAGAGGAGCUAUAAAAGUAGGCUAAUCGAAAAUUUGCACCUCAGCCGGUUUAACAAGAGGAGAGUUGUUCUGUGCAGAAGUGACAACUUGGUUGAAAGUGGCAAAAAUGGCGAAAGUGGCGAAAAUGGAAAAAAUGGCAAUUUUGAAACCAAAUGGGGGAAGAGAUAUUCGGACGGGUUCUCCUUAAACAGAAUGCGCGACGCACACGAGGGGGUUGGACUUGAGGCUAAGUUUAACGGAGGGGCGCCCGCUGAAGAGGGGAUACACCACCUCCCCAAAGGGUAUGAGCAAAUAAAUUGGAUGCCAAAUGAAGGGGCAAAAAAUGUCAACCUGAGUGCGCUCAACCUGUUGCAUGAUAACAAUAUUUUUGGCAAAAGCGAAAAGGGGAGCUUCAUUCGUAGAGUGCAUGGUGACAGCGGGGGGGGAGAAGACCAAUCGGUAAACGCGAUGGACGCGGUGGACGCGAUAGCCGCCGUAGAUGUAGAUGAACGCUCCCUUGAGCAGACAAACCAUCAUGCGCUGCCAAAUGUAAGAAUGAAAAGGAAGUCCAUAGACAACUGCUACCUUUACGCGAGUAAGCAGAAUGGCGACAAUUUCCUCGACUACUACCAAGACGUCUUUUCGCGGGGGCAUUACGAUGUGAACGGUGCGAAGGGGGAGGAAGAAAAGACACAGAGGGACGUCACCACUUCGGACCCAAGCCAACGUUUCUUAUGCGGUAAAUCUGGAGGAGAGCCCUACCAAGGAGCGGAGGCACCACAGAGGGAAUCACCCCUUUGCAAUAGCAAAUGUGAUCAGAUGAAGUCCUCUCCAAUCGAUUUGUGUGUACACCCCCCUACUGCAAAUACAACCAUCGGUAGUGACGCUUUUUCAAAAGGAAGAAAUGAAUUCGCAGCGUCGAAGCGGUUAGAGGGACGCGUUCCACACGGGGGUUGCAACCCUCCGGGGAAAAAAGGAGACCAUGUUUCCUCUAGCAUGAAAAGGGGUAGCCAAGAAUUAAACAGUGCAUUGACGAACGUGCGCACUGAUGGUGAGGACUGCUCAUCAAUCGACACAGCGAAAAAGGGGGAGGGCAGGAUUGGAGGAAAGUACGACAAUGGAGAGUGCUCGGCAGGCAUUGGCACCGGCAUGUAUAGCAGCCCAUGUGGCAUCCCCAUCGCGGAAGAAAGCAAGGCGAAUUUGUUGCCCUCGUCGGGGCGGACCGAUCAACUUUGGGGAGAGAACAAAUUGGACUUCAAUUUGGCCCCAAGGCAAAUGAGCGGUAAUGGAACCCACAAGGAGGAUGGCAGCCGAGACCCCAUCGAGGGUAACCACAAACAGGAAGUAACAACAGAGGUGGGCCAAACGGUGCGCUCCCUCAACGUUUCCAGUGCAGAUGGAGUGAAGAAAAGGCAGCCAAAGGUUUGCUCCAUCAAAUCGAAGAGCGCCGACGGGAAUAGCAGGAUUAGUGGUGGCGUCUCUAACGUCAAACGUGCUUGCAAAGAGAAGGAAAACAAAUCGAGUGAUGCCUCUUUGGAUGGGACAAACGUGACGAGGGAGGCGAACAACACGGAGGUGCGGAAUAUAAAUUCGGAGGAGGAAUCCCAGAUGCGAAGUAAAAACACCUCAAUAGAUGCCGAAACGAAGUUGGGGAAGAAGGCGGGUAUAAACAAAUUGCCAGCGAACCAGACGGAGGGACCACUCCACCACACUGUGUUAGUGCAGAAGGGGGACGACACCUCGCAUAAGGCUCAAGGGGCAAAGCUCCAAAUGGACUCCUCAUCAACUGCCCAGUGGAACAGCAGAACAAAUAGGGAUGAACCCAACUGCGGGGGUUAUGGCAAACCAAACGACGGGGGGGAGGGAACCCAAAGUAACAAUCUACAAUACGGAAUCAACAGGGAAGAUUUUAAAAAGAUAGAAAAGAUACACGAGGAGAGCAUCAACAUCUUCAAAAACAAAAUGAACGACAUAGGCAUGAGCAGCGAAUCGUUCGGUAGCCUCCACAUGAUGGAAAAAAAAAUCAAAGGAAAUUUUGCCAACAGUGGGAACUACGAUGGGGAUAAUACUAUGGGAGAAGAAUUCCCAUUGAACAAGGGGACUACACAGAAAAGGUACAAAACUUUGUGCAUGAAAAAUUGCCAUAAAUAUGGGGUUAGUGGAUUAUGUGUUAAAGGAUCAAGUAGUAAAGAUCUAACCAUUUUGAGUAGCUCAAUAAAUAAUAUAAAGCUAUGGGAUGGUAAAAAAGCUGUGUGGAAUUAUGACCAUGUGAAUUUAAAAAAUGAAAAGAGCACAUUUAUAAACAGCUUAAUUGUGUCCUUUCAAAAUAAUUGCUUUUUCGCUGGCAUCAACAGUUAUGUGCACCUAUUUGACAUUAGAACGAACCCUGUGUCUUUACAGAAAUAUUACUACAGCGAUAAAAAUGAUGGUAGCUUGUUGAUUUCGCUUCUAAAUGAUAAGUCAGAUUAUGUGCCUUUUUUGCUACAAAAUGGGUGCACCUCCACUUUUAGCGGUGUGGCGGCAGAUGGGGAUUACACCUACGGAGGUGUGCAAAAUGUAAUCGAGCGAAAUGCAGUUGAAGAUGCGGUUGGGCAGGAGCCAUGGGACACCUCCCUUAAGCACCCACUCUCCAGGGAAUGGCAAGAAGAAAACGUUACCAGUGCGAUCCACGAAAAUGGCAGCAGAAACGUUGCCAGUGCGACCCACGAAAAUGGCAGCAGAAACGUUGCCAGUGAGGCCCACGAAAAUGGCAACAAAAAAAUGGGCAGUGCAACCCACCAAAGCUGCCACGAACGGGGAAACCAAACCAGCACCCUUUGCCAUGGCAAAGCAGACGCAGCUGAGGAAGACGCAAGGGACAAAUUAAAACCCAUAAGAGAUGCAGAGAAUUUCCAGUCCGAGUAUUGCAUAUGUGCCUGCGGAAAUGAAAACUUUAUUAAAGUUUUUGACAUAAGAAAAAAUGACGACAAUAUGUGGCUAGCCAAAAUACCAAUAACAAAUAAAAUCGAAUACAUAACACAAAUUCCGAUGAAAAAAAAUGGAAAAAAUAUUACAAAGGAUUCGAAUAUAUUAAAAAAUAUAAUAAUAGCUAGCAGAGAUAAGACGGUCAAAAUAUGGAAGAAAGGAUGGGUAUCUUUUUACCCCCCCUCAUACGACUGGUGCACUUCUCUCUCCAAUUUUAACCUUUCAGAUUUGAUGAUAAAUAAAGGUACCCCAAGUCUACAGGAGGAGUCAGCUGAAUAUGCAAAUAAUUUGUUCAACUAUGAUUCGCUAAUCGUGUCUGGAAGCAGAGAUUCUCACCUGCGCUUUUGGCUUUACGCGACGGACAGCACCACGAAUGAGUUUAACCGGUUCAUGAAAAUUGUUAAAAAUGCCCACAUGGUUGACAUAACGAGUAUAGCCAAGUAUCAAACCAGCGGCUUGGUUACGGCGGACAGGGACGGCUUUAUCCAAAUGUGGGACUGCAACUUAUCCGUGAAUGACAACGAGAAGGCCUUACUAGAUAUGGACAUUUAUAGUAGCCAACUAAAUUUGGCGGUUAACAAAAUGGGGAAGACGCUCAGGCACUCACCAAAUGCUAUCAACAAGGUCGUCUGUUAUGAAAACCACUUUUUAACUGCCUCAAGUGACGGGUCCAUUAAAAUAUUUAGCGAAAAAUAAGCGCAUAGCAUUUCACCCGUACAGAUUAAUAUGUGUAACGUGUUUUUAAUUCCCAGUGGGGAUGUAGCCAUUUUUUUUUUUAACUUUUCAUUUUUUUUUCCAAAAAAUGGGGAUAUAUGGUAUACCCCAAAAUGGAUUAAUGCGAUGAACAUUUCAACGACG